UCCUGACUGGCAGCUGCUUUCAGGGACUGUCUUGCUUUAUACUGCUCAGACUGUAGGCUUAGAAAAGAGUAAACUAGGCCUGUGUUGGAUGUUGUAAAACAGCAAGUUUUUACAGAUACUCUUUAAUCUGCAAAAGGAAAGGAGUUCCCCUGAUAAGUAGAAGGCUGACCGGACAACUGUGAUCUGAAACUUGAACAAGACACAAGGCAGAAAAAGGUUCAGUUGUGACAUAUUACGGAAGUCUGCAUUGUAUUAAUCAGAAGCUGUAUUAAUCAGAAACUGCAUCAUCAGUUGAGCAACAGUUGAAUCCUGCCAUCACAUUUCAGAUUAUACUGCUGAACAGUUUCACUGAGAAAAAUACACAAUGUCUGAACGCUUCAAAGAUAUUUUGUCUGAAUCAAAGGAUGCCUUGGUGACAGUGAUGGAGGCCUUCUUGGAUGAGCCAAGCAUAAUGGUUUGUGCUGUGGGAAUGGUGUUCCCCAUUGUAGAGCUGGCAAUUCCUUUUAUAAAGCUUGUCCUCUGUAAUGAGGAGAGCAGUGAAGUGAAAUACAUGAAAGAGCAGUUCCAGAUGGUCCGUGAUCAGCUUGAAGAUGUCGCUGAUCAGAUUGCUGAUAUAAACAAAGCACUGAAAAAGAAAGAUAUUGACACAGAGUUUUUUAAGAUAGAAGAAAAUCUCCUGUUUCUUUUUGAAAAGUACAUGGAUAUCAUAGAUUCAAAACCAAAGUUUCAGGAAGGGAAGAAAGUACAAUUUGUUGAAGAUUAUGAAGCAUUUCCUGCAGAUAAGGAUCUGCAUGAACUAUAUGAAGCAGUAAUGGGGAACACAGCAUUUGGGAGCUCUAUCCUUGACUUUGCAAUGGAAUAUACAGAAAAACAUCGUCGAGCUUUGGAGAAGUAUUUUGCCCGCCUUCUGAAGCUUUUCUAUCUGGGUUUGGUUAUUGUGAUUGGAUACAAAGCUAUCAAGGAAGAAAACAGUGAAAAAUUUAAAAUGCAAUGGAAAGAAAAAAUGCAUGACGUUGAGACAAAAAUGAAAUCAUUAAUAGAUGAAUGUAUUGACAAAUUUCCAGAGCAAGCACGGAUUGAUAUUCUAAAAGAGUGUCUUAGACAAGAAGGUGGCAAAAGUAACUGUGAACUAGCAGCUUUAAUCCUAGGGGCAGUGAAGGAAAAGUAUGACUGGGUUAGCUGGUCAGUUCAAGUUUUUGACCAGCAGCAGUCAUCUAAAUUUACAAUAUUACCUAAGAAAGGUGAAUAUCAUGCCCACAGUGAGAAAAACUCUUUAGACUUUGAUGAUUUUAGUAAAAGGCAUGUUGUUGUUUCCUACAGCAGUGACCCCAAGCCUGUUGAUGCAGCUCGGAUCCAGCAUUUUAUAAAUGAGCUAGUGGUUUCGGAUACAAAAUGUGAAAUGAGCAGAGCUGUUGCAUUCAUUGCUCACAAUUUACCAGGACAUGUAAUACAUAUUGUAAAAGAAAGUAAGAAGUUUGAAUGUUCCCAUAACUUUCCAAAAGACAGUCAUUUCCUUGGGGUUUAUCAAAAGUCUCAGAUUUGUGUGCAUUCAGAAUAAUUUGCAAAUGCUAUCUUGAUGUCUCUUUGUAAUCAUACAUGUACAUUACUGUCUACCUCUGCCAUUGUAGUUCUGCUUUUUUAUAUCUUCCCACACCCCGUGACAUCAAUCAACAUAAGUUUGCUUAUUGAUCACUUUCUUAUACACUCCCUGUAGUGAUGAAGACUGCGGGACAGAACAUACUGACCCUACAGUGGGAUAUCUGGCGAACGUUUUGCAAAUGCCCUACCCACUAGUUCCCCCAUUGCUAUCUGCUUAAUAUGCAGUGCCCUCAGUACAGAAUGCAGACAUAUUCCCAUCCUCACCAAUGCCAUCCUUCAGCAAACUUUCUGACUGAAUUUCAUAACUUUUUAGAGGAUAUGGCCAGAAUGAGCUCUAGAGAGAGAAUGAGAGAGAGAGCAGGAGAAGGAUAGUUGCCAGAUGCACAGGUGCUUGCCCCCGGCCAUUGCUUCUACAAAUAAAACCAUCAAGAUCGAGUUACCAGCAAGGAGGCCAGAAUUCUCUACCAGCAUGACUUGGGGAUGUUGCUGUCAUUAGUCAGAUCACUUGUGUAAUACAUGCUGGAACCGUCUCCUAGGAUGGCACUGACCUACAAGAUAUAAAUGAAUGCAGUAACAUCUAAAAUGCCAAACUUGGUGAACUCUAGAAAAAAAAAAAAUAGCACAAAUAUAUUGUGUAUUAUAAAAUGGACUACAUCAUUAUGCAAUUUCUUAUUAUACUUCCCAACUUGGGGAAGUCUAAUAUAAUGCUGAUAUUUGAGAUAUCAGUAAGACUUAUUUAUAUAUGUCAGUAUUGGAAUUUGUAUAUAGAGUGAAUUCUAAUGAAUGUCAUGCUGACGAAGUUUCAUUAGCUGUGUCAGAAAGCUGGACGUAUGCUCCUAGGACAGUACUCACUAAAAACAGCAGUAAAUAUAUUGAUACAAGUUUCUGAUAUUGUUCUUAUUAAUAAUGCAUACUUUCCAAAUUAACAUUGCUGUGUUUAGACUGUAAAUGUAAUGACUGCAAUUUAUUUGUGAUAACUGGAGAACAUGAUUAGUAGGGCAGUGUUUUAGUCAAGUGGCUGACCUCUGCCUUACAGGUCCAGAGUUCACUCCUAAUCCCCACUCUUUGAAGAGGUUGCAUGUUCUCAGUGUGUUGGUACAUAUUUUUUCUGGGUACUUCAGUUUCCUUCCACCUUACAGAACAUGCUGAUUUAUUUGUUACUACAAAUUGUCAUAUAUUGCAUUUACCUUGGUUUGUGGCCUGGUUAGUGGCUGAAAAAGUCCAUGAUGAAAAUAUCACAUACAUGGUAAACAAAUGAAUAUGAUGGACAAGAAUAACAACUUUUUCAGUGCUGUUUUUGUAACAUAUUGAGUGGCAGUGGCCUAGAGGUGGCAGAAAAAAAUUUUCAGAAGCAUGCUUCUUUUUCUUUUUCAGUAGCUUAAAGGAGAUGUCGCUGUUAUUAGUCAGAUCACUUUUGUAAUACAUGCUGGAACCAUCUCAUAGGAUGGCAGUGACGUACCAAAUAUAAAUAAUUUCACUGUGACCUAACAAAAGUAGUGAGUCAUGCACUGUGCACUGCAGCAUUUACACUUGCAUAAAGCAAAUGAGAUUUAUAAUUGAUAAUCCUAAUUUGAACUUCUUGAAUAGCUGCAUCGUGGUUUUCCAAAAACGGAGUUACUAUAGCGAAUGCUAAAUGUCAUUUUUAUUUAAAUAAAAUGGUUAGAAUUUUACAGCUGGCAUAUGUGCAUGAACUACUGCUUGAAUUUAAAUUAUUAAUUUCUGCCAUUUUGUGCCACAACAUUUAAAGUAUUGCAGUGUUUACUUUUUGCAGAAGAACAAGGUUUAAUUUUAAUGUAAUCGCAGUAUGGUUUGUGUUUGAUACUGUUUGUUUCCCUAAAAGGAUUUAUAUGAACACUUUUAAACUGAAUGCUUUGAAUGCUUUGAGAAUUUUGUAGUUUAUCAGUUUUUAAUGGCCAUUCUGACUUUGACUAUGCCUACAGAGGGUAAUACAUUGAAAAUGCUGUCAGAUGUUCAUAUUGUAUUCACUGUAGAAGACAUUUUGAUGUUUAACUGUAUAGUACACAUUGUGUGAACUAUUUUUAUUGUUUUAGUUGUAAUGUUAUAAUAUAAAAGUUAUAACAAGAAAGUAUGGUAUUUACUAAAUUUAUUAUCCAGGGCAUGUCAUGUACGAGUUUGCUGUUGCCCAAAUAGUAAAAAACACUGUGGUGUAAUAUCUUUCUAGGCCUUCAGGUGGUCACUACCAAUGCAGCACUAUAAUCCAUAAAACAGACUGAAACCUUAAAAACAAUUAUCAGAACAUGUGCUACAGAACUCCGCUAUAGACUUCACUAAGUUUGGUAUUUUAUAUGUUACUGCAUUUAGUUACUCUAUGUACAAACUUUCUUCUUAUGUCUGUCUUUUCAUAUGUGCCUGUUUUCAUAUGUGGGGGUAGCUAAUAUAUUUCUAGUUAUAUAUUGUCACCUCUGGCUCAAAUAUGAUUGUUAUACUUAUGCAAUGUCAAUUUAUUACAAAUAUAAGCUGGCCAUCCUUUUUAUUUGUAACUUUGUACAUAACGUGUAAUUCACCUCUUACAUAAACCAAAUGUAAUACACUGUAAAAUGUUUGUAAUGUAUAUAGGAUACCCUUUGACUGUUUUUAUGAGAGUUUUGGAGAAAUAUAUUUGGACAGUUGGGUCCACACUGCAUCUUAUGAAUAUCAUUCUACCCUUAGCCCUUAACGACAUGCAUGUAUGUCAACACUGAUAUUGCCUGGGUCAUUUUAGUUUGCAGGUGCUUACACUUUGAUGUUUCUAGCAAAAUAUAUUGUCUGUUUUGUGCAGAAAUAGAGGCAAGCAGACAUCUGUAUUUUUUUUCCUUCUGGCUUAAUGUCGUCACAAAACUGAUACAUAUUGCAAAUAUAUAUUCUUGUCAACCCAGAACAGAGUUAAUAUACUCAGAGCUGUCAUUAACCAAAUGUAAUAAAUCUUGAAAAAGGCA